CUCACUCACAGCCGGGAACAGUACCACAGUUACAGUGACAAGCUCAGCUGGUCAGGUCAGGGCAGGACAAUACAUUUUAUUUCCAGGUUUCCCAUCUAAUAGACAUACUCUUUGUGGAUUCUUUUCAAGGUCCGUGUCUGAAACGGAAGCGAAGAGCCAACGAGACCAUGAGCGCGUUCACUCCUGAGGACUUCGGCUUCGCCUUCCUGGAGGACGGGGCCACGGUCCAGGACGUCAUCGAGCAGAGGAUCAGCGAGCUGUCCAAGACGGAUGCCAGAGAGGCCUUCUACGUGGCGGACCUGGGGCAGGUGGUGAGGAGGUACCUGAGGUGGGUGCGGUUCAUGCCUCGUGUCACGCCCUUCUACGCCGUCAAGUGCAACGACAGCCGGCCCCUGGUCUUGGCGCUGGCUGCCCUGGGGACAGGGUUCGACUGUGCCAGUGAGUAUGAGGUGGAGCUCGUGAAGUCUCUCGGGGUGGACUCCGGCAGGAUCAUCUACGCCAACACCUGUAAGCAGCCUUCCCACCUCAAACACGCCGCCGCCCAAGGCAUCCAGAUGAUGACCUUCGACGAUGAGGGGGAGCUUCUUAAGAUCGCCAAUUGUUAUAAAGAUGCCAAGCUGGUCCUCCGCAUUGAGACGGAUGACUCGGAUUCCAUGUUCCCACUGAGCAACAAGUUCGGUGCGACAGUGGAGAUGGGCAAGUUCCUCUUGAAGCGGGCGAAGGAGCUGGCCCUGGACGUCAUCGGGGUCAGCUUCCACGUGGGCAGCGCCUGCAAAAACCCCAAGGCCUACACAAAGGCCAUCGCAGACGCCCGCAUCCUCUUUGACAAGGGGGCAGAGCUGGGCUGCAACAUGACCCUUCUGGACAUUGGUGGGGGAUUCCCUGGUUACGACAUUCCUGACUUGUUUGUGUUUAAGGAGUUCGCGGCUGAAAUAAACCCGACACUGGACAAGUACUUUCCCGCCAGCAGCGGAGUCCGAAUAAUCAGUGAGCCGGGCCGCUACUUCCCAUCUACAGUCUACACGCUGGCUGUCAAUAUCAUCGGCAAGAAGGUCGCUGCCAUCAGUGAGAAGGAGAAGCAGGACAGUGAUGGCGAAGAUGUGCACAAAAACAGGAUGAUGUACUACGUGAAUGAUGGGAUCCACGGCUCAUUCAAAUUCGUCCUUUUUCCCAACGCCUUGGUCCUGCCAAAUCCGUGCCAGAAACGCCAGCUAAAUGAGCGCACCUACUCCAGCACCAUCUUCGGCCAGACCUGUGAUGGGCACGACCUCAUCAUGGAGGAUUUUCAGCUUCCCGAACUGCGGGAGGGCGAAUGGCUGCUGUUCCACAACAUGGGGGCCUACACCAUCACCACCUCCACCACCUUCAACGGCUUCCAGAAGCCUGACAUCCACUACGUGAUGUCCCGGAGCAUGUGGCAACACAUUGAGGAUAUCUCUGCUGCUAAGGGCCUGUACGCCCCUGAGGAGGAGGCCAGUGAGGAGCCAGAGAUCUGCAGCUUUCUGAAACCGGGCCCCGCCCGCAAGCUGUACGAACAGUACGCCAAGCAAGCUGUACCCAGGAUCAUUGAGGCAAUGGAACUGCAGAGAAAGAGAGAGAUGCAAGACCGUGUAUGAACUCUUUCCCAAGAGCAUAGGGUGUGAAUUUUCUCUUUUGAAUAAUUGGGGAACACUUAAAGAUAAUGACUAAUUCAAAGACGCAGCUUAUGAUACAAGCUUAUGAUUGCUUACUUCAGCCUUUGGCUCCUGGCUUCAUUGAUGAAUGGCCUCAAUCUCACUGUUGGGGGACCAGUUUCUAGAUGUGUCCAAUCCCCAGACAUCACUGCCUGGGCAUCUGUUCUCAGGCUAUCACUGGUAGAGACCUCUAUUUCCUUGGAGGUUCUACUUAUACUUCUGCAUGUAUAGGACAUAGUGUAUCAUCCUGUUA